AUGGACCUCGCGGCCGACCAACGGCCAACUCCCAUGCUCAUUUCGCAUGAGGACAAAUGUUACGAUGCUCUUCAGCAGGGGCGCCAAAAUCUGACCAACUUAUGCGACAAACUCGUGGAGAGAGCGAAUUACUUCAACACUUCUUCCGUCAAGACCUGGAAAUCAAUCCUUCCGCACGACGACGAGGUCCCCAAGUAUUAUGGAGACGAAGUUGAUGAUAUAUCCGACUGCGAGAUGAGCAUGUCGACACCAUCAUCGUCUUCGGAUAAGGCAACGCGCUCAAGUGCCCGUGGAAGUAAACGAACACCCCCUACGAGUGAUGAAGCCGUUGAUGGUGGCGGUGAUAAUAAUGAGGAGCAACAGCCUAGAGAACCCAAGAGGCCAAAGAUGCGUGGCAACAAACUCGAUGGAACUGUCCUUUUGCCAGAAGGCCCGUUGGAGACAUUAGCCCCAACCCCUGUUGCGCACAAAGAGGCCUUGAAUUCCGUAACCUCUGGGAACAUUUCCGGCAGCACCACUACGGAUGUGAAAUUUGUGGGCUGA